CUCGGGAGCCCCGAGUUAAAGAGGGAAAUGUUUUAACUGGCACAGAAACACGAACGCAUAGACUCCAAGCGUCUACUUGGCAGACAGGGACGAAGAAGAAAGAGAAGAACGUGUGAUAAAGAAUAUGAUAAAUGAGCUCUGGUGGAGGUUUAGUGUACAGCUGAACCAUUCUGAGAGUAGUACGCUGCAGACUUGUCUUAGUAAUGGAUGUGUACUUCAGGGAGGGGUGGAGGGAUGGAGGGAGUCAUCAAGAGAUGAGAGAAAGGGAGGAUGAGUUAUAAUCAGCGAGGGGGGAGAGAAGACAGGGAGGGGAAAGCAAGCGAUCUACUGCGUGUUUAGGAGAGAGAGAGGCUGAGUAAAGUUUCUUACCCGGUUACAACAUUUUCCUCGCGCACAGCUGAUCCUCAACACCAAUACAUUCGCGAGCAUCGCUAGGAGGAACUCAAGGUGUGGUCAUCAUGUUGGGGGUGUGUCUGUCCGUCCUGUUGCUCCUCCCCCUGGCCACGUCCAUCCCCUCCCCCUCCCCCUCCAGACCUCCCCCAAGACUAUGCAGACGAUGCUGCGACCCCCUGCAGCCCCCAGAAUCCUCUGCUGCACACCCUGCCCACCACGCCGCCGCCACGCCAGAGGUCCACACCUACAUCAACAUGACCAUACUCAAAGGUGAUAAAGGUGACAGAGGAGAUAAAGGCAUGCCAGGGAAAAAUGGUAAAGAAGGUCCCCAAGGUUACCGGGGUCCCAUGGGUCCUCAAGGGACUAAGGGCCAGGCGGGCGCCCCGGGAGAUGCCUGUAAGACACAGCACUCCUCCUUCUCUGUAGGGAGACGUAAAUCCCUCCACAGUAUAGACUACUACCAGGCCCUAGUGUUUGACACGGUGUUCGUCAACCUCUACGAGCACUUCAACAUGUUCAAAGGUAAAUUCUACUGCUUCGUCCCAGGUAUCUACUUCUUCAACGUGAACAUCCACACGUGGAACUUCAAGGAGACCUACCUCCACCUGAUGCACAACGAUAAGGAGCAGGUGAUCCUGUACGCCCAGCCCAGUGAGAGGUCUAUCAUGCAGAGUCAGAGUGUGAUGAUGGACCUGGCGCUGAACGACGAGGUCUGGGUCAGGCUCUACAAGAGGGGGAGGGAGAACGGCGUCUAUAGUGAUGACGUGGACGUCUAUAUUACCUUUAAUGGAUACCUGGUGGCGCCUAGUGUCCAGUGAUCAGAGUGGAGGGGAAGGGGGAGGAAACUCUGUUGGAUUUUGGUCAUUUUAUCAUGCCAAGAGAGAGAGGGAACUUGCGCCAGUGUUGGAUUUUUUAUUUUGCUUGUGCCUAUAUAGCCUUCAGUGCUCACCAAAUUCAAAUGUAAUCUGGUUUGAUUUUGGUUGUCCGUUUGCAGUGCCUUCAGUGCUCACCAAAUGGACAUUUUAGUUGUUCCUUUGUAGUGCCUUCAGUUCUCACCAAAUGGAAACUCUGGGUUGAUUUUGAUUGUUCCUUUUUGGUGCUUUCAGUGCUCACCAAAUGGAAACUCUGGGUUGAUUUUGAUUGUUCCUUUUUGGUGCUUUCAGUUCUCACCAAAUGGAAACUCUGGGUUGAUUUUGAUUGUUCCUUUUUGGUGCUUUCAGUGCUCACCAAAUGGAAACUCUGGGUUGAUUUUGAUUGUUCCUUUUUGGUGCUUUUAGUUCUCACCAAAUGGAAACUCUGGGUUGAUUUUGAUUGUUCCUUUUUGGUGCUUUCAGUGCUCACCAAAUGGAAACUCUGGGUUGAUUUUGAUUGUUCCUUUUUGGUGCUUUUAGUUCUCACCAAAUGGAAACUCUGGGUUGAUUUUGAUUGUUCCUUUUUGGUGCUUUCAGUGCUCACCAAAUGGAAACUCUGGGUUGAUUUUGAUUGUUCCUUUUUGGUGCUUUCAGUUCUCACCAAAUGGAAACUCUGGGUUGGAUUUUGUUUGUACUUCCAUGGCUCCUAAAGCAGCCAAUGAUACAAAUGACCUGGGCACACGUUUUCCUCUGCCUCACGAUGUAUUCCUCUCAGGUACUUUGAAUGGGGAGGAUUGUGGGCAGUGUUGUGCAGUGUUGCAGUGUUGUGUAGUCCCAGUGAGAAAAUUUGGUUGAAAUUACAUAACUUUUUAAGCUUUUCAACGUCUUUUCAACAUAUUAUUUUGACCAAAAAACAUUUUCAAUUACUUUUCAAUGUCUUUUGCUCAUAGGGUGGUUUUGGGACUAGACUUGAAUGGACCCUGCAUUGAACUGUUGCUAAGGUGACCUCAAGGCUUUAAAAGAGAAAAAGGAGAUAAUGCCGUACCAUAUGAAUAUAUAGAGAUUGUUGAGUAAUUCAAGAUUAUAUUGAGAUAUAUAUUGAUAACUCAGUGUUAUGUGUUUUUAUAGAGAUUUACUUUAAGCUGCAGAGCAGCUUGUAACAUGUAAAUAUUUGUAUAGAUUUUUGUUACCUAAAAUGUUUUAUCACUAGUCUGGGUGCCAGUUGGUCUUUGCUUUAGCUGAACUGUUGUUGUUGUCACGUCCUGAACACAAUACGGUACUGUUGCUGAAUGCAGUUUGAAAAGGUUCUGCAUCCAGGCUGGGCUUACCCUAACCCAAUACCACCAAAACCUGAAAGUACUGAAUUCCAUUGUAUCAAUACAACACAUACUGUAUCAGAAAAAUAUAAACCAAACAAUCAUUUUUAAAAACCCAUUCAAACUAGAAGCCCAUUCUAAACCAGACCUUCUAGAACCAUUACUCCCCCAUUGUCAGUUGAGCAGGUUGAACAGAUGCAUUCGAUCUUUCACCUAGAGGUUAAAGGUCAAACCCUGACCCCUGCCUGUUUCCCACCAUUAGAGUACACAACCCCUCGUUACUGUCAAGAUUUGAAUAUGUCCUAGUAUUGCAAUACUGGGGAAUAGGGUGCCAAAAGUAGUGCACUAUAUAGGGAAUAUAAGGUGUGUCCUAGUAUGUCAUAGUAGUGUACUAUGUAGGGAAUAUAAGGUGUGUCCUAGUAUGUCAUAGUAGUGUACUAUGUAGGGAAUAUAAGGUGUGUCCUAGUCUGUCAUAGUAGUGUACUAUGUAGGGAAUAUGGGUGUGUCCUAGUAUGUCAUAGUAGUGUACUAUGUAGGGAAUAUGGGUGCAGUCUGGGAUUAUCAGUUUUGUUUGACAGCUCCAAUGAAAAACCCAACUAAAAGCUAAAGAUAGGACAAACAACAACAUGCGGGUUGGAUGGUGACGGUUGAAUCGGUUGCCAGAUGGACGACCAUAUCUCUCCUAUUACUGAUAAUUCUGUCCUCAGUCCACAGGGACUGGGGCUAAACUGGAGAUAGAGGAGAGACCAGCUGGUGUAUUAGGACAUGACUAGAUAGCGUUGUAGCCAAUUAGAAUAGGCUUUACUGGUGUAGUUCCCUAGGCAAAAGCUCCGUAGCCAAUUAGAAGAGGCUAUAGUGGUGUAAUUCCCUAGUCAAUAGCUCUGUAGCCAAUUAGAAUAGGCUUUACUGGUGUA